CACCGUCGGCGCCGCCGCCAUUUUGUCCGCCUCAGCGGGCGGGAAGAAGAUGAGGCGGAGUGUCGCGCUCCGUCCCGUGAGGCAAAUUCAGGGCCAUUGACGGCCUAGAGGGGCCCGGGAGGCCUCUCCAGGCGGGAUGGAGCCCUCCGGGCCGCGGGGCCCGGCGGGACUCGUCUCGGGCCCGCCCGGGGGGCAGCCCCGGGAGUACAAGCUGGUGAUGUUGGGCGCCGGCGGGGUCGGGAAGAGCGCCAUGACUAUGCAGUUCAUCAGUCAUCGUUUCCCGGAAGACCACGAUCCCACUAUCGAGGACGCUUACAAAAUGCGGAUCCGGAUUGACGACGAACCUGCUAAUCUGGAUAUUUUGGACACUGCAGGCCAGGCCGAAUUCACCGCUAUGAGAGACCAGUACAUGCGGGCUGGUGAGGGGUUUAUCAUCUGCUACUCGAUCACGGAUCGCCGGAGUUUUCACGAAGUCCGGGAGUUUAAGCAGCUCAUCUACCGCGUCCGGCGCACGGACGAGACUCCGGUGGUCCUGGUGGGCAACAAGUCUGACCUCACUCAACUCAGGUCUCCAAGGACGAAGGCUGUUCGUUGGCCCAGGAGUUCGGCUGCCCUUUUUUCGAAACCUCCGCCGCCUUUCGCUACUACAUCGACGACGUAUUUCACACCCUGGUCCGGGAAAUCCGACGGAAGGAGAAGGAGAGUGUCAUGGCUCUGGAGAAGAAGUCCAAGCCGCGUCCGAGUGUUUGGAAAGCCUUGAAAUCGCCCUUCCGGAAGAAGAAAAAUUCCGUAACCUGAAUUCUCCCCCCCACCCCAAAAAAGGCCUCCCUUAAGCAGAGGAGCGAUCCGCUCUGCAGAGAGAGAGAGGCAAAACAGCCCGGCAGCUUUUUGACUCUUUGUUUCUUCUGAGUGUGUAAAUCUGAACUCCUGACCCGUGCAAAAAACCUUCAAAGGCCGCUCUUCCACCAAACCCUUUUCCUUGGGCGGGUCUGCUCGCCGUUUCUGCCCGUCCAGCCCGAGCAGGCUGGCCAAACAAGGAAGCAAUCGACCUAGAAACGGACAAACCAUCUUUGCAAACAAGCCACCUCGGCUUUGCUCGGUGGCUGUGCCCGAUUCGGUCUCGGCUUGGCGUUUCGGCCGCGAUUUGGAGGAAUCUUGGCUUUUGAUGUGGGUUAGGGUGACCCUCUUUAGAAGCAGUCCAACUCCUUAAUCUUGUGGGGCGAGGCGAAGGGGGCAGACGGACGUACUGUAAACCAGGUUUUUGAUUUCUCGCUCGGUGUAUGGGAUCCAAACGGGCCUGGCGUUGUGAGGAAGAAUUGCACAGCUUCCACAGCUUGUGCAGUCUUUCCUGUCGAAAUUUUGCUUUAGCAUCUGUUUCUCAUGCCGCCUCUUUCCCGCGCUCGUGCCCGGGUCUGCAAAGAUGGGAUUCCCUUGCAAAGUGGGAACUGUCUGCAGUUUAUGUCACUUGAACAGAAGAACAGAGUGGGAAGGGAGCUUGGAGGCCUUCUAGUCCAGCCCUCAGAAAACAGAAAAGUGUUUUUUUUCUUUUUGUCAGAUUCUAUCACUUUGGCAUGAACAAGGGAGACCGAAGGAUCAGGGUCGUGCUCUGGUAAAUGGCAGCAAGGGAUGCUGAGGGGCAGUAAGGGGAUGUGAUUAAUUGGAGGCGUAAAGUUGUAGCAGGUGUAAUUGGACGUGUAAAGUUGGCGUAGGGCAAGUUGUGUUCAGCCGGAGAAAUGAGAGAGCUGGUAAACCCCACGUUGGGAGAAUGGAAAGGUGUUGAAUUUGCUUGUGUCAAGAUUUGUAGCAUCACUCACAAGGCGUGUUGUGUUGGUAGCAGAGUCUUGAAAGAUUUUGGCCAUGCUGAGCCAAGGGGCCCAGCAGCACUCAGCCUGCUUUUAUGGAAGAGUUUGGAGCAGGUUCCCCCCUUCCCCCCGGGGUGCUGUGUGGAUGGACCCCAAAAUGGAGCCCACAGAAAGGAAUAGGGAGGUUUUGAUAGGCGUGCAGGUGGUAUGAGAGGGAGGCUGCCCUGGAAAUGAAAAAAGGCUGAGUCGGGGUCGGAGAAUUGUGUGUCUCGGAAGUCUUGAAAUCCCCCCCCCCAAGUGGGGCAAUUUUUAUAGAGUGUUGUAAGUGUUGUGUGUGGUUUACACAGAGUCGGGAAAUGUCACAGCCCCUUGCCAAAUUUCUCCUGUUUAAAAAAAAAUGGCAGAAAAUAAUGGAUCUUUUUACUUUCCCAAGAGAUUGAAUAAGCCUUAGAUAUUUCUUCUAGGUGAAUUUGUAUUGCUUUUGGAUUUUCAAAUGUUACCGAUUAUCGUGUUUGAUAUAUGUAUGUAUUUAUAGACUCUUAUGGAGAAAUUGGGUAGUUGGGGAAGAGGAAAACGACAUUCCAUUUAGCGAGAGUUAUUUUGAAUGUAUUUUAUUGACUGUAGCAAUAUACGGUAUAUUUAAAAUUAGUAAAUUAAUGUUACGAACAAUGCUGGAUACUUUCCAUAGCUAUUAAUUUAGGAGCAGAUUAAAUCUAAUUUUAAUUUUUAUACCAUCGCAUACCUGUAUAAUGUAGAUAUGUUCAAGUUUUUUUUAAGAGACUACAUGUAGUUCAACGUAAAUAACGUCACUAACAUUUGUGACCGAAGGAGUCACAAUCUCAGUUCUCUUUUCAUUGUCAAGUUCUCAUUCCGGAAAAAAAUGACUUGAAGCAAGAAUGAAUUGUAGCAGAUCCAAAGCCUGCUUUUUAAGCCAAACUUUUUUUUUAAAGCAACUUUCUUAAUUUGUGCCUUAGCAGAAUUCAAUAUUUUGUGGUGCUAAUGGUGAAAUCUUUUUUUUUUUUCCUAGCAUGAUUACAUCUUACUAUUAAGCACUUUCUUUGGACACAAUUCCUAUCUUUUAUGGUUCACGUAUAUAUUGCACUUGAUACAAUAAAUAUUUUUUUAAGCCUUA